AUGGCGGUGAAUCUUACAGACCUCUCCCUGCCUCUAGAGGGACUUAAAACCCAACUAGAUCAGGAGAUUGAGUUCCUGACGUCUUCAAUAGGCCAACUGAAGGUUGUCCAAACAAAGUAUGUGGAAGCUAAAGACAGCCUGAAUGUCCUGAACAAAAACAAUAAGGGCAAAGAAUUGCUUGUGCCACUAACCAGUUCUAUGUAUGUCCCUGGAACAUUAAAUGAUGUGGAGCAUGUUUUAGUUGAUGUCGGCACUGGAUAUUAUGUUGAAAAGAAUGUGGAAGACUCAAAGUCAUUCUUCAAACGCAAAAUAGACUUCCUCACAAAGCAGAUAGAGAAAAUUCAGCCAGCACUUCAGGAAAAACAUGCCAUGAAACAAGCUGUCAUUGAAGUUAUGAACAUUAAGAUCCAGCAACUACAACAGAGCCAACAGGCAGCACAACAGGCUGGGACUAAUAAAGCCUGAUGAGAACACUUGUGUGAACAUUUCAUUGAUGGGGGGACAUUUUGAAUACAUGUGCAAAUAAGUACCUUUACUGUUGUAGGCUACAAACAUCUGAUUAAACGAUGUUAAACUGAAAAGAACAUGUUUGUAUUUGUGUCUUAAAUACAUGUAGCAACCUUUUCAACAUGACAUUAUAUGUUAAUUCCAUUAUCACAGUAAACCAUUGUAUUUAAAUCA